AUGGAUUCAGACCAAGAUUUUCACAUCAAAACCUUGUUCUAUCAAGGCUCAUAUUCUGAGUCGCAUGAUGCGAUCAGUGCCAUCAAGAAUCCGUCUUUCCAACUCGUUUUGUUCUCGGCGAGAUGUUUGAUCUGUCUCAAGAAACCUGGCGAAGCCAUCAAGUUACUCAAACAACAUCACGAAUCGGAACCGGCUGCUCGUGCCCUGACUCUUCUAGCUGAAUUUUACCAAGAUUCACCCAUGUCGAAGGCGAAAACUGAUAAGCUUGGUGAAGCGGCUGAAGCACUGAUCGAAGAGAUCGCAGACGAAGAGAAUGACGGUCCCGACUCGGUGCUUCGUGUCACUCUUGCAACGAUCUUGACGCUUGCGGAGAACCUAUCGCUAGCGGUCUUUAUACUUAAACAAGGCGUCCAACUCAAGUCACUCGAAGCUGUUGCUGCUCUCAUCUCCCUUUACCUCUCACCUCGACUCCGUCGCCCCGACCUCGCUCGUAACCUAUACAUCUCGGCAAAGGCAUGGGCCGAUGACGCAAUUCUCCUUCAAAUGGCCGAAGCCUGGAUCGGAGCGACCACAGGCUCGGCUGCCGGAAACAGCAACGGAAGGGAACCGGGUGGUUAUCAAUCUGCGUUCUAUGUUUUCGAUGAGGUCACCAACACAACCGCCGCUAAGCCCAAUGUCGUGGGCUUGAACGGUAAGGCCAUCACACAACUUGCAAUGGGUCAUGUUGAGGAGGCACAAGCCAACCUGGCCGAAGCUCUCAAAGUGGAUCCAGAAAACGAAAAUACAUUGGCCAAUUCGAUUGUGAUCAGCGCACGCUUAGAAUCGCCUCCAACGGAAAUCGCUACCUCAAUCCAGAAACUGAAAACCCUUAAUCCCAAGCAUCCGCUGAUUGUAGAUCUGGAUCGACAAAGCGCCCUGUUUGAUGAUGCUGCCAGCCAAUUUGUCGCAUCUACAGCUUGA